AUGGCUGCACGAGCUAACUAUCGUGCGUCAGUCCAGUUCCCGAACGCCCACAGCGAUGGCAUCUGGACCACGUUCUGGACGUCCAACGACAAGAUCCUGACGGGGUCGGUCGACGAAGUCGCUAAAGCCUGGGACGUGACCGAGCAUGGCGUGUCCAUCUCGCAGCAGUAUCCAGGCCACGUGCUGGGCACGAUCUCCAUUGUGGGCAAUAGGGCGGGCACACACGCCGUGACGAGCUCUCUGGACUGCCAGAUUCGCGUGCUUAAUCUCUCGUCCGGGGCCGUUGAAAAGACGAUUGAUGCUGGACCAGGAGAGCUCUGGCAGGUCGCCUACAGUCCGGACGAGACCAAGCUCGUAUCAGGCAGUCAGCAGGGCAAAAUCAACUUUUUUGACAUCGAGACGGGGAAGAUUGCACAGGAAAUAUCAACCCAAGCCAAGUUUGUGCUGAGUGUUGCUUAUUCCCCGGACGGGAGCCAUGUUGCCUGCGGAGGCUUUGAUGGUUUUGUUGGCGUGUACAAUGUUGAGACGGGAUCACUGGUUUACAAGUACGAAGACCGUACGAAGCCGGUGCGCUCGGUCGCGUACUCGCCGGAUGGAAAGUUGUUUGUCGCUUCCGAUGACAUGCAUGUUAACGUCUACGAUGUUGCACAUGACAACGCCGUUGCAACUCUAUCUGGCCAUGUAUCAUGGGUGCUGAGUGUGGCGUGCUCGCCUGAUGGAAAGCAGUUUGCUACAGGUGGCGCAGACCGUCGUGUAAAGAUUUGGGAUAUUGGCACGAGGCGCUGCUUGACGACUUUCGAGACGCACACAGAUCAGGUGUGGAGCGUUGCGUACAACUCAUCGGGAUCGCGAUUGGUGUCGGGUGGUGAUGAUGCGCUGCUGCAAGUGUAUGAGACUGCUGUCUCCGCUUAA